AGGGGUAAACAGUCUUCGAAAAUAACUUUUGAAAAAAUUUUACCCAAAAAUUACCUCGUUAUUUUCGAAAAAAUACAUUUUUUCACAAAUUAAUGUUUUUUAGCUACCAAACCGUGUGUGUGUCUCCAGUAGUGCCACUCCGUGAUCUCUGUGUAAAAAAUUCCGUUUUUAACUUACCAUCCCUGCUGUGCCGUUGAAAAUUUAGUACUGAAGUGCCUAAUUUUCUUAGUAUUUAAUUUAUAAGUUAAUUUUAAGUUUAUUAUUUAUUUAUUAUACUGGAAAACGAGAAAUUUCCAAUUUAUAGUGUAAAGUAGAAGAGUUUAUAUUUAGUGAAAAUAUUUACAAACAUUACUGUGAUUGUCGUAUAAUAUUAAUAUACGUUUAAGUACGAGAACAUAACAAUUUUGUGAUAAUUGUUUUUUAAAACUGUACUUUUGUGCGGUGAAAGAGUACAAACUACAAAAGUUUUCAAUAUUUCAAUAAUGGAUAAAAAUUCUCGGUGGUUAUUCACCAAGGAUCAAAUAAUUAAUUCACCUUCGAGGAAAUACAACAUUGAUUACCAGAAGGAAAUCAAGUAUCGUCAUUCCGUGUCGGGUUUUAUUCAAGAUCUUGGCCAGUCAUUAAAACUUACACAAUUAUGUAUAAAUACAGCCAUUGUGUAUAUGCAUCGAUUCUACAUGUUUCAUUCGAUGACAAAAUUUGAUAAAUACAAAAUUGGAAUGGCGUGUUUAUAUUUAUCGGCAAAAACGGAAGAAACGCCACAAAGAAUAGACACUGUGAUUAAUAAAGCUUACAAAUUUCUUUACAAAAAAGAAGGACCUCCUACACCAUCACCUGAACGGUACAGCAAAAUGUAUGAGGAACUUCUGUCCCAUGAAAAUAUUCUUCUAAUGACUUUGGGUUUUGAUGUUCGAAUUAAUCAUCCUCAUUUGAUAAUGAUCAAAGCUUGUGAACUUAUAAAAGCCAACAAGGAGUUGAAAGUAACUUCUUAUUUCCUGGCAUCCAACAGCUUGCAUUUGACAACAAUGUGUCUUGAGUAUAGACCUUCAAUUGUCGCCUGCCUAUGCAUUUAUUUUGCAUCAAAAUGGUCUUGUUACGAGAUUCCAUUGAGUGCAUUGGGAAAGCCAUGGUUCUCUUACGUUGAUCCUGAUGUGACUUUGGAAUUUUUGGACAGUUUGACAAAAGAUUUCCUUCGUGUUUUCGAGCAAUGUCACACGAAACUCAAGAGGACUAUUCAAACACUUUCGGGCAUCAAACCACGAGUCAAUUAUAAUCCAAAACUACUGAAUAAUCCCAAUCAUUUGAAACAAUUGAAGGAGGAAGCCGAAUUAAAGGAAAAAAAUGAACGGGAAAAAGAACGACAAUCACUUGCAUUGUGUUUGUCGAAACCACAUUCGAUCCUGAGUCCUGAAAGUUUGUUCAGCAAGGAAGAACUUGCCAAUUUACAGGAACCAAUUAGAUUGGAGGAGAAACAAUUGUUGGAAAUUGAACCAAUUAAGCAUAAUGAUAAUGAGCAAUUAUCAUUCGAACAUUUGGAGAAUGAGAGACAAAAACGAAAACUUCCUUCAGAGGAGAAUUAUCCAGAGAAACGUUUUUGCAUUUCCAGUCAAACGGAGCAAGCACUGAAAAUGAGAAUUAACAUUUCAACGAUUUUAAAAUCGUCAUUAAAUCAAGAAACCUUGAACUGUACUGAUACGACAGUACCAGCGAAUGUUUCAACUACUGAAUUUGUUUCAAAUCCACCUGAAAUAAAAGUAGAGAGUGAAAUAAAACAAGAAUCAAUUAUAGAUAAUCAAUCAGAUCUGAAUUCAAUUCAACAAUCAAAUGAACUUCAAUUGUCGAAUAAUCAAACCAUCAAGGAGGAAAUAUCUCCAAACUACGAAAAUACUGUAAAGAAUCUAGUCCCAUUAAAUAGUAAUCAAAUAACAACAACCGAGACUUUAGUCACUACAACCGUGGAUUCAGAAAAGGAAAGUGAUAGCUACAUAAAUGUGACCGAUAUUACCGAUACGAUAGUCGAUACUCCAAUUACCGUGAGCAAAUACGAUGACAAUAAUAAUGAGGAAUAUGAAAAGAAGCAAAAGAGUAAAAAAUCAAAGAAGGAGAAAACUGAACGAAAGAAGAAAAAGGAAAAGAGACAAAAGAAAGAGCAAAAGAAAGAGGAAAAUUGUGAUACAAAAAUUAAUAAUAAUAAUAACAAUAAUUUAAGUGCAAAUCGACCAAUGACACCAAUUAUAAUUAGUAUACCAAAAGAAAAAUUGAAUUUAAGUGAUAAUUUAAUAUUCUCAGGAAAUAAGUUUAAAUCGUCACGGGAAAAUAGUUUAAAGAUUAAAAUUCCCAAGAAGCUGAUCCUUGACACAAAAUUGGAUUCACCUUCAACCAGUGAAACUGUUCAGGCGUCACUUAGUUUGCAAAUUAGUCGCGAUAUUCAUGACAGGAACACUAAUGAAAUUACUUGGAUGACUCAGCCCCGUAUGCAGACAGUUUCUAAUGGCUAUUAAGAAGAAAAGAAUUAUUAUCUCUACAAGAAAGACGGAAGAUAGAAGUAAUUUUUCUAAUUAAGCAUAAAAAAACCGAAAAUGAUUAAGUUUAUUCGCAAUUUCGAAAUAAUUGAGAAAAGAAAAAGUAUUUAUUUGUUUAUUUUUUGUUAAGAUAAAUUCACCAAUUUGCAACACACACAAUUAUCGACAAAUCUUCUGACAAAAUUAAAUGCAUAUUUUUUUUUUACUUAUAAACAAUAAUGUUAUUUUGAAAAAAAAAUGUUUAAAUUAAAUUGCUUUAUGUAGUAAAAUUACAUUUCUGUCGAUAGUUGAGCAUUAGGAGGUGACUGUCACUAAAUUGCAUUUAUCUUGGAGAUUAGUAUUUUAUUUUCGCAAUAAAGAAUAGAAUGUAGAAUAUUUACUAUAAUUAAGGGAAAAACUAUGAAAUUUAAGAAUUGAAAAACUUUUCAAGCGUCCAUUCUUUUUUUUUCUUUAAAAAAAUGGAUAUAUCUUUAUUUUUGAUAAGAUUUUCAAAUUAUUUUAUGUUUGUACAUAUAUUAUUUUUUUUAUACGAUAGGAAGCGAUUCAGUAUUAAAAAAAAAUUGUUAUUUCUUUUAUAGAAAGCAUCUACGAAUUAUGAAUAGGGGAAAUGCAAUUUAAGCCAUACUUGUGCCAUAUUUUGUAAAAUAAUUUUCAAUAUCUUUUUUUUAUAAAUAAAUAUUUCUUUGUAAA